UCAUCACUCGUCACCACUUGCUCCUCCUUCGUCAGCAGCGCCUUCUUCAGCAUGAUUGGUAAGGUGAUGUUCCUGGUGGUGGUGGCGUCAGUAGCAGCAGCCCCACAAAGGUACCAGACGCAGCCGACCUACAGACCUACCACCGGCCCCUUCAUCCCCAUCCUGGUGGACGAGCGGGACGGACCCAACGCUGACGGCAGCUACAGCUUCAACUUCGAGACUGGCAACGGCAUCUCCCGCAACGAACAAGGCUACCCGGGAGGACCUGAGGGCGCUGUGGUGUCCUCUGGCGGCUGGUCUUUCACCUUCCCUGACGGCACCCCCGCUGUCUUCACCUUUGAGGCUGACGGAGAUGGUUACCGCCCCGUCUCCAACCUCAUCCCUACGCCUCACCCACUCCCCGCCCACGCCAUUGAGCAGAUAGAGUUUGCCCGCCGUAACCCAACCCCACCCUCCCGCCCUGGUUCCUACAGUAUAUAUACAGACAGGUGGGGAUCCUCUCGCCACUCACUCGUAGGCGUCAUGGUCGUCAGGGUCCUCUCAUUCCUCCUCGUCCUCGUCGCUGUGUCACAGGGAACGCCUCAUGUUCUCGGGCACGGCCCACCUCCUGGCAGUGCCCCGGGUGGCAUCGUCAGUUCAUAUAGGCCGUCACAAUCCCUGCCCCCGUGUCCCCCAAAAGGCUCCAGUCCUCCACCAGGCAGCGCCCCAGGCGGUUUCGUAAACUCUCUUGGACGUCCAUGUCGUGAGCAAAGUUCUCCACCACCGGGCAGCGCCCCGGGUGGUAUCGUCAGCUCCUUCAGGCCGCCACGUCCCCAGCAAGGCUCCCCACUACCGAGCAGCGCCCCGGGUGGUAUCGUCAGCUCCUUCAGGCCGCCACGUCCCCAGCAAGGUUCCCCACCACCGGGCAGCGCCCCGGGUGGUAUCGUUAGUUCCUUCAGGCCGCCACGUCCCCAGCAAGGUUCCCCACCACCGGGCAGCGCCCCGGGAGGUAUUGUUAGCUCCUUCAGGCCACCACGUCCCCAGCAAGGCUCCCCACCGCCAGGCAGCGCCCCUGGCGGUAUCGUCAGCUCCUUCAGGCCUCCAAAGCCUUCACGACCGUUCAAGCCAACAGGACCCACGGGGUCCGGCCUUCGUCCUGGCAUUGCCCCAAGUGAGCGCGGCCCCGUGAUCCCCAUCCUGGUAGACGAGCGGGACGGGCCCCACGCUGACGGCACCUACAGCUUCAACUUCGAGACCGGUAACGGCAUCUCUCGCCAGGAGCAAGGGUACCCGGGAGGGCCUGAGGGCGCUGUGGUGUCCUCUGGCAGCUGGUCCUUCACCUUCCCUGACGGCACUCCCGCUGUCUUCUCAUUCGUGGCUGACGAGAACGGUUACCGCGUGGAGUCUGACCUGCUACCCACGCCACACCCGCUGCCCGCCCACGCCCUUGCGCAGAUCGAGUUCGCCCGCCAGCAGAAGGCGCAGGGACAGUCUCAAUCAGAAGCUCGCUAUGGUCGUUAGUCGGGGACGUUCAGGAUAUUUAAAGGAUCUCUGGGAUAUCCUACUGUUCUCCUCCUCCUCCUCCUCCUCCUCCUCAUCCUCCUCCUCCUUCUGCAGCGUUUUAUCUCCUAGUUGUUGCGACGCUAGAAUAAACAAUCAAUUUAUUCUUCUCUUCCUCCUCUUUCUCUUCUUCUUCUCCUUCUUCUUCCUCGUUCGUCGUCUUCUCUUAUGUUCUUGUUUCCUUUUUCUUCCUCCUCCUAUUCCUCUUCCUCCUCGUCUUCCUAA